CCCCGAAAUUUGAACUACCGCCCAAAUACUUCACUUCGCACUCCCAAAGUUCCAAGUGCGCGUUUAAAGCCGCCUCAUUUCUCCCCUCUUCUUUGCUUUCUCUCUUAAUUUCUUCAAUUCACUAUAAAUUAGAUUUGGGAAACGCCGGCGAUGGUAAAUGGGUAAGACAACCAGGUGGCUCCGGUCUCUUUUCGGCUCCAAAAAGUCUUCAAGUAAGUCGGAUUCCAAAAGACAAGCGCCGGAAAACCACGGUUUGUACCCCAAACUAUCCGAUGACAACAAGCACGCCAUAGCAGUUGCGGCUGCCACCGCUGCUGUGGCGGAGGCAGCGCUCGCGGCGGCACAUGCGGCUGCGGAGGUUGUGAGAUUGACAAGCGCCGGUGGUAGCAAUAGCAGAGCGUAUUAUGUCGGUGGGCGACGCCGGGAAGUGGCGGCCGUGAAGAUACAAUCGGCGUUUCGGGCUUACCUGGCUAGGAGAGCAUUGAGGGCACUUAAAGGAUUAGUGAAGCUUCAGGCGCUUGUACGUGGUCACAUCAUACGGAAACAAAGCGCAGACAUGCUUCGAAGAAUGCAAGCCAUGGCUCGGCUUCAGGCUCAAGCCUGUGCCAACCGAGCCCACUCAUCGGCUUCACCACAUUCAACCGUCAAAUCCUUCCGGUCCCACCAUCCCCGAUCCAACUCGAUGUCUUACAUCAAAGGUGAACCACGAUUCCAUCAUAGCGGACCAUAUUGGUUAGACAAUUGGAUGGAGGAUACUUCAUGGACAAGCAAACAUGAUGAUAAAAGCGACAAGAUUCUUGAAGUGGAUACUUGGAAGCCAAGGAAGAUUACAACCCCAAAAAAACCUAGUAAAUCUCGGUUAACCGAUUCAAGUUGGGGAACAGAGAAAACACGUGGAAGUGGGUAUAAAAGCCAAAGUAGGAGUCCGUUUACUCCGGCUCAUAGUGGCGAGGGUUCGGAUCCGGUCAAUCAGUGCUCCGAGGCAAAGGAGGCAUUGGGAUUACUCAGAUACUCAGUCUGA